AGAAAUAACGCACAUAUCUGUAACUUUAACUAUUUGCUUGGAUUGUUGAACAUAUCCGUCAGGUUCCUGGGGACGUAUAGAGUUGUUUUUCACCGUAUGCAGCCACCUAAAGUGUGGUAUGUCUAAAUGUUCUUUUUAUGUUGAUACUAAAGAGCUGUAAUUUGUUGCUUGUGCGCAACAGUAAUUAUAGAGCAGAGGAAGCUUGAGAAAGCCGCGUCCAGCAGCUGCAUGGGUUGAGCAAUGUAGUGCGGGAGUUUCUGUUGCCUGCCUCAAAGAAUACAUCACAAAACAAACCGCCCCCUCCCACUCCGAGAGCCCCCGCUUCAGAUGCAACUCAAAAUACAUAAAGCCUCCAUGUUGCACGGGGAAUGUAGGGACACAAGACAUGAACUAAAAGAGUUAGUGACUUUUGACGUGGUGUAACUUGCAUGUUUUGGACCAGAGCAACUCUCCGACUGGCUUCCUAGUGUUUUUAGCGUAGUUUCAGACACGGCCUCAUAUUUUGGAUGAUCGGAGCUUUACGGCUAACUCGCUAACCAAGGCUACCUGCUAACUUUAGCUAGAACGCGAUUCAGCGUCGGUUUUUUUUUUGUUUUUAGCCGUAUACACUGUCGUUGUUGCUCAUAAAAAUAAUUUGCAGCGAUGAUAUUUUGCGGAGAGCCAUAAAUGACAGCCACUAUCUGGCUUCCAUUCACCACCGUGCUAGCUGGCUGGCUACCACCGCUGCCACAACACUUUGCCUCGGACAGUUGCCUGGCUUCGUGGGCUAGCUGGUCAUCCACAUCUUAAAACAGCUAGCUAACAUUAGCUAGCGAACGAAGAAAGCGCGCUAGCAGGAAUACAUUGUGGGAAGGAAAAGAGGAAUAACCACCCGUCUAAAUGGACCACAUGUCCAUAAUAACCCAGGUUUCCAACCCCAAGGAGGAGGAAAUAAUAUCCUUUAACCAGGAAAAAGCAUCCCAGUCGAAAAGCAGCCUGAAAAAGCAGAGGAGCCGAAGCAUCUUCAGCACGUUAUUCUGCUGCUUCCGCAACUAUAAUGUGGAACCACCAGCCACCAAUACCAACACCAGCUCUCUGCCUCCACCUGUUGAGGAGAACGGAUCACCUCCCAAGUGUGACCAGGUCGAGGUCAUCCCUGUCCCUAGUCCACCAGCCAAAUACCUCCUACCCGAGAUGAAAAUAUCUGACUAUGGCAGAAAGUGUGUUGUGAUUGACUUGGAUGAAACCCUCGUUCACAGCUCAUUUAAGCCCAUUAGCAAUGCUGAUUUUAUUGUUCCAGUGGAGAUCGAUGGUACUGUUCAUCAGGUGUAUGUGCUGAAAAGACCCCACGUAGAUGAGUUUCUUCAAAAGAUGGGAGAGCUCUUUGAAUGUGUGCUCUUCACAGCCAGUCUCGCCAAGUAUGCAGACCCCGUGGCGGAUCUGCUGGACCAGUGGGGCGUGUUCCGAGCGCGACUCUUCAGAGAAUCCUGCGUUUUUCACAGAGGCAACUAUGUCAAAGACCUCAGCCGGCUGGGACGAGAGCUCAACAACGUCAUCAUUGUCGACAAUUCACCCGCCUCCUACAUUUUCCACCCAGAAAAUGCUGUCCCGGUCCAGUCCUGGUUUGACGAUAUGAAUGACACGGAGCUCCUGGACCUGCUGCCUUUCUUUGAGGGACUCAGCAAAGAAGAAGAAGUUUACGGAAUCCUGCAGAAUCUGAGAAGCAGGUAGCAGGACACACUGCGGCACCACCUGUGGUCUCCAUCCUCCUCCUCUUCCUCGCUGUCCAUCUCUGCCCCACACCUCCACACCUCUCAGACUCAGGCGGAUCCUCCCACUCGCGCCCCUCUUGUCUCUGCCCCAAGGGGACGCCUCGGAGCCUCACUGUGGAAACCCCGAUGAAACCCGUCUCCGCUCUUAUCUCCCGGUGACCGGCGUCUGCCUUCUGAGUGCCAUCAGAAAAAAAUACAAACACUUAAUAUCCCAGGAGCACUGUGUAUCACUAAAACCACACCAGAAAGUGUACAGAGCGUCCUAAGUUGAUAAUGCUGGGGGGAAAAUACUAAGAGGAAUGAACUCUGGUUUUUAUUUUCAAACCUACAGACAAAGUUUUACUAUUCGGUGAAGUGCUUAUUUUAAAACCAAAAAAAAGAAAAGGAAAAAAAAAAAACAACUUUUGUCUGAAACUUCUUUUGUGGUACCACACAAAAGUCUGAAAAGAUUUUGUCCUCAUAUUGUUGCUAUGCAGGCAGUUUCUGGUGGUAGAAAGGACUGUGAUUCUCUUUUCUUACUGAAUGAAGUGCCUUGUGUGAAUGUUGUUUAUAUGGGGAGAGGUUUUGUACAUGGCAUAUUUCCAGAGUACUUCAGUCUUUUCACAGACAAUAUGCUUUAAAGUGGACACAGAAGUAUCUUUAUAUAAAGUUUGACUUUAGUUUUUUGAUCAUCAAACGCUGGGUAAACAUCUCCAUAGUAUUCUUUUUUUUCCCCCAGUUAACUCGUGCCAUUAUAUAGAUGUGACUUUGUUUCUCUCUGCUUUCAUUAUUGGUAGGAAUACUGUAUUUUAUUUGAUUUAGGAAAAGGAGUACGUUUGCAAUUGUGAACCUUACGACCCACCUGAAAGUAGUUCUUUACAUCUCAUAGUUGUAAUCUGAAAGUUCAGAUAAAACUGUGCCAUUUAUUCUUCUAUCUCUGACAUUACUCACUCUUUAUUCUUUGUAUUAUUUGCCAAAUAAGGAAAUUAUUUUAUAACAGGCUUCAUAUCUUUAACAGGGGUUCAGUUAUAAGUGUUAAACCAUUAGUUUUAAUGUAACAUAAUAGGUUUUCUUCUUUUGACAGAUAGAUGCCAGUUUCGUUUGUAUGUCUUUAAUGCUAUGAAGUCCUUUUUUGUUGUUGUCAUGCUUAUCAAACAACCGUCUACCAGCCGUCAGUGGAUUCUUUUUUCCUGUUUCAGCACACUGACUUUGUGGUGCAGCUUCACAUGGGAUGGUCUUUCUCCUAAAUUGUACAUUUGCAAAGGUAUCCCUUUGUUGUUGUUUUUUUUUUUUUUUUUUAAUGGUCCGAGAUCUAACAUUAAACAGGUCGAGUGCCACGUUUUAAUUUUUCAUGAUGUUUUAGCGUCUUUUAGGAACUAUAGGUUAGUGACAGAUCGAGUCUGGAUGGUGUUGUAAACCACACGUUUAAGUCCUGCUGGGUUUUUUUUACGCUCGGCCUCAUCCAGUUUUGGUGUAAAAUAGAAGAGAGAGAAGAAAAAAAAACAAAACUAAAAACAGCGAGGACACGUGGCGUUUACCUUCCCAGACUUUUUAACUGCUCUUCACCUCAGUGCCUAUGUUUGAGAGGAGCCACACAAACUGAAUGCUGCAACAUUAGCUACCAUGGCAAUAACCUUUUUUUGUUUUGGGGGGGGGGGGGGGGGUUUGGAGCACUUAAGACAAAAACCCUUGAGUGUUUAUUAUCAGUCACAUUUUACCUACAAAUCUGGUCCUCUUUAGAAUCUUUUGCUGAACUUGAAUGUUGCUCUACUUCAACACCAGAGUCCGUACUUUGCCAUUGUUAUCAGUUUUUAUUGUGGAAGGAAGUAAAAAUAAUAAUAAUAAUACAACAAGAGUACACCUUCCAUACUGACAGAUGGGUGCUCAGUCCUGGCCCGUCCAAACAGCCUCGGGUCCGGCUCCAAACACAAACCAGAACACUACCGGGGCACCGCAAAAGGACUGUGAACAACCUCAUCCUGGCACUGACGCCUUACUGCCCGCAGAGGCACAAAGCAAUGUUCCCUCAUCAAUUCAACAUCACAGCUCCGUGUGUUUUGUUUCUUUGUUUUUUUUUUUUUUCUCCCCUAGUAUUUCCUCUCACAGCUUGGCCCGUAUGUGUAGACCAUAUACGGGCCCAGCGGCGUAACAUUGUGAAACAAUAAAACGAAGCAAUGAAGCGUGCAAAAAGCUCUGUGGUGCCAUGUAGGGAUCUGUACGCCCAACAAACCUCAUCUGCUUUAUUGCUUGGUUUACGGGUCAUGAUGUUAGAUUUAUAAGACCUACACUACUUCAGAAUUCCCGGCUGCUGUUCCCUUUUUUGCAUUAGAAAAUGUUGGUAGUGAGUGUUUGGCUCAUGAUGAUGGUUUCAGUGCAAUGUCUUUUUUUUUUUUUUUUUUACUAAAAGAAGUGUUCGGUCGACUCUUCUCAACUUCUCUGUCGUUUGUAUCAUAUUUUUCUACCUACAUUUGUCAGUAUUCGGUUUUGGUAUUUUCCAUCGUAUCCAGCUUCUGUUCUGUUCCCUCCUGUCGUCUCUUUCUCUCUCUUGCCUUUGGUUAAAAAAAAAAAAAUUAAUAAAUAAAUAAAAAAUUCUCAGUCAGGUCUCGUCCAAUGAGAGGACACGUUAUAUGUGCACGCCAGCACGUUCAUUUUUAGUUUAUUUCGCCUCAUUAUCACACAUGCAUCGUUUUCUAUUGAUUUAACACCAAAGUUCUGUAACACUUGAGUUGAAAUCACCGUGCUUUUCUUUUCGGUCAGGUUCACUCUUUCUUUUUUUUUUUUUCCUCCUAAAACACUUGUCAGUUCUUGUUGGCUUAUGUUUGAGUGUUGGCAGCAUGUAGUCAUCCUGAGCAUCAGUUUAAUUUUUUUUUUGUCUUUCUUACCAUAAUAAAAGGCUUCAUUUAA